AUGGUAAUAAAACACCUCCCACCGACCUCCCUCUCCCUAACCGACCCAACAACCACACUACAAACCUACCUAGAAACCCUCUCCCAAAAACCGCUCUACAUCUUCUUCAUCGCCUCUUCCGAUCCAAUCACAAAUACACCAUGGUGUCCAGACGUGCGCGCCGCGAUUCCGGUGUUCAAUCGGGUGUUCGAAGAGGUUGAGGAGGAGCUUUUGGUUGUUACUGUUGAGGUUGGGGAUAAGACUGAAUGGAAAGACGCGAAUAACGUGUUUAGAACGGAAUGGGGGGUUGGUGCUAUUCCGACGGUGGGGAAGUACUCGAUUAUAGAUGUUGAAGGACAAUCCAUCGUGGCGGUUAGGAUGUUGGUGGAGAAUGAUUGUGCCGAUGAAGAAAAACUUCGUGCCUUUAUUAAUUAA